UUCAGGAAUAGCGCAGGCUUCGUUCGUGUCAGAACUAGGAGGCGGUUGCGCCUACAUGGCCGGAGCUGCUUUAGACCCUGGCUCGCAUGUUAAGAAACUAGCCAAGGACGCAAGUGACUUCGCAAAAUUCCCUGACAAGUCCAAACUGCCGCAGAAGAUCUUCACAUGGCAAGAAGUGAAGCAGUUUGACGGCGAGCAAGGUCGUCCCAUGUACCUUGUCAUUGACAACAACGUCUACGACUUCACUGACUUCGCUGAUAUGCACCCAGCAGGGCCAGCGCCGCUAAAGCAGCACGCGGGCAGCGACGCGAGCGCAGCGAUGCGCGCCGCGCGCAUGCCCAGUGUGGUCAUGGAUGUCUUCAUACACCGGUUCCAAGUCGGCGCCGUUGACAAACCCCGGAAUGCAGAAUUCGAGAAGCCAGCGAUUGUAUGAUGUGCU